CAUCGCACGGGCGUGGCACAAUCCAAUACACCCGAUAUGACCACAGUUCACCACUCGCCCCCGCCAGGCGCAACUCCAUUCGCCAUCUACGAAGAUCCAGAGGAUCACGACCCGCCCUCCCCAUCUGACGUCUACGAGGGCGAUGUCUCGUUCCAAUCCGACAUGUCCAUGCCUGGCGCCGACGACGCCAUGCCCAGCAUCGAACAGGGAAACCACCACCAGCUCGAGCAGCAAGACCCCGAGCAGGACAGUCUCCUCUUCCACCGCUACAGCUCGUCAUAUACGUCACGGCCCUCCAUCUCCUCCAACACACAAUCGUCACGUCGCACAUCCGGCAUCACGUCCACUAGCUACAUCUCGUCGCUCCCGUCCGAGUUCUCGGUAGCCUCCAAACCCGUUGCUCCGCCGGCCAAUAAUCUCGACUCGAGAUAUACACCGAGGAGGGAGCGUCCGCCCUUCCGGAACCCGUCGUCGGUGCGCGCCAUGCAGAUGUCCUCGCCGCCGCCUCUCCCUGCUGCUGAAGCCUCGCGUGAACGACUCAAGGGCCAAUACAAGCUCACGACACCGGCCAGGAGCGGAAGAUCUGAUAGCAUGUCGACAGCGAGCUCAAGGCGACCGAGGUCGCAUAGAGAGUCUUUCGCCGUGGAAAGCGCCCGACAUACGCCUACCCCACAACAACUUCCUCUGGUACUGCUACACGUAACUAUUUUGCCCAUGCAGAUGCCAUAUUCCCAUGAGAUUAUGAAAAAGGUCAUGCCGGAAUGGCUGGUGGAGAAUUACAGGAUAUUGGAAGAGAAGCUACAAGACAUUAUUCUCAUGCGACGAGGCCUUCUGAUACCACACCCCCGGGACGAGUACGAGGUGCUGGAGGAGCGAAUCUUGGAGUCUCUCGAGCUGAAAAUCCCGCGGUUGUUGAAGUGCGGGCACUUUGUCGCCCCAGAGGAAGACUCGACCGAUGAGAAAGACGAGGACGAAGAGAGUGCGGUGGAUGGGAGUCUGGGUCGUCGCAGCAGUAUGAGCGGUGGUACCAUCACGGUCGACGAGGAGGGCGAUUGGCGAUACCAGACAUCCGAAGCUGAUGACGAAAGUACGUGUCUCGACUGCCACCGUCCGGUCAAGAAACCAGGCAGAGGAGUCGGAGCCGGCACCAAGAGAUGGGAUCUCAAAAUCUACGCCGCCAACGGGCUGAUGCGGGCGGGCGCGUGGUUGGCGGCAUGGAGCGAGAUGGAGAGCUGCGACGUGGAGAUUGCUCCCUGGAUUCCGGAAGACGUGCGGAAAGCGUUGGAGAAAAGGCUGCUUGAGGAACAGGAAGCUGCGCGCAACAAGCAGCUGUACGCCGCCGAGUUACAGCGUCGUAUCGAGCAGGAAGCAGCCGCCCAGAAACAAGCAGAGCGAAAAAUGGACAUCAAACGUCGUGCUGAAGAAAUCGAAGUCCAAAGACGCAUCGAAGCCGAAGCCGCCGAGCUCCACCGCAAACUCGAGCAAGAAGCCGCGGAAAAGAAAAGGCUAGAAGACGCGGUCUACGAGAAAAUCGAAGAAGCAAAGGAAACCAUGCGUCUCGAAUUCGAAGCCCAAGCCAUGGCCGAAGCCAACGCCGUGGCUGAACGCCUACGCGCAAUGGAAGACGCGUUGAAGCAGGCUCAAGACAAGAAGAUAGCGCAACCAUCAUCACCACCGGAUGACUCCCCCGUUCCCCAAUAUCGUGAGCAUAAUCUCCCACCUAGGAAGAUUGAACAACAAGUUCCCCUAGGCACCCUCCUCAAAAACUCUAUACUCCUCCUCAUCCGCGACUCCAGCAACGUCCUCCUCGUCGCCCUCACCGCUCUAGUCGUCUAUCUCGCCAUGACAAUGGAUCCAAGCAAACCUCUAUCAUGGUACCUAACCACUUUUGCAGACCGCAGUGACGCCCCUCAAGUCAUCAUCACCACGACCGCCAUCUCCGUGGAAACUCUAACAGUCACACAACUCCCCACUCUCUCGUCUUCGUUGAGCACUGUAGCUCCAGCAGCGGAAACAUCUCUAUCAAGUCUAGUCGAAGAGAUGCUAGUAGAAAGCGAGACAUCAUCGACUUCGUUGCCCAAUGACCCUGCUACGCCCCUCUCCUCGAUUUCUACCCGUGCUGCUUCCUCGCAGACGCCAGACGCUGAUUCGUCUUCUGAACAUGAACCUGAACCCACGCCAUCAGUUCAUCCGCAAGAAGAUAUCGAACAGUCCACUAGUAUAUCUCAUACCCCUUCUUUUUCCUCCUCGUCUGCUGCUACAGCUACCCUCUCAAACCCGGAUGUCAUCCCCGCGGAAGAAGAUGACUCCUCUUCUACCACAGAAGUAGAGGCAGAAACAGAAACACUACGUUCGCAGCCGAGCCCGUCCUCACUACAACCUUCCGUCGACGCCGCAGCACCAUCGAUCCUCGCCAGUGAACCUGAAUUAAAGACGCUUAUUCAAGAGCCGAUGAUCGAGGAAGAGCAAGAUGUCAUUACGUCUAGAGAUGAAGACACCAAUGAAUUAGACAACGUCAUGGAUGCUCCUACAGCACUACCAUCCGAGCCAUUAUCCAACCCCGAGUCAAACAGCGAGAGCAAAGUAGAGGGGAAUAUGGAUGACGAUGUCCACGUGGAGUUGGACAAGGAAAGAGAAGUCGAGACCGAGAUGGAAUUAUCCUCCCCACCUUCUCCACUGUCUUCGUCGGAAAUAAACGACCGUAACGAACCCAACGAUGAUGAUGACGAUGAUGAGAAUUCACAAUCAAGUAUUGAGGAAAAUGGUGUUGUGUUGCAGCAGAAGCAAGAGCAAGGAGAAGGAGAAAAGGAAUCGCUGGAUCCGGUACCUGUCGCUUGAAGUAGAAGCAGAAGCAGCACAAGGGAUUAGGAAAGAAGUCUUCAUCAAUGACAAUUACGACGGCGAUGACCAGCAAUAACUGCAUUUGUGAUUGAAAAUGGAAAACAGACACUAAAACCAUGAGCCCUAAGCUCGAAGCCCCCUUUGCUUGUGGAAACACACUCACGAAAAU